CGUUGUACGGCAUGUCGUAAAACCGGCAGGGCGGCGUACGGCAUUGUUGAGCAAUACGAGCGAUUCUUGAUGUUGACUUUUUGAUUUACUCUUAACACCAUACACCUACCAGUAAGUUGUGAACUGUCAGCGGUGAAAGCCGAAGUGUUUCAUUUGACGGAUUAGUGUCGUUAAAUACGCCUCAAAAAGUGUGUCUGGUCCAAAUGAGUGGUCGGGGUUCGCCUCUGUGAAAAAAAGGGAGAGACAUAACUGCAACGGUUUUAUACACUCAUUCUAAGCCAAGUAAGCGAUGCUGGUCACCGUUUUCUGCGCACCGAGGGAUCGGCCAGAAAGCACAUUUGCCCUCGAUGUAUCCCCGGAACUGGAGCUGAGAGACUUCGUAGCACUUUGUGAACUAGAAUCUGGAAUCCCUGCAGAGGAAAUUCUGAUAUCCUAUGUCGAGCAGCCCCUAAAAGACCCGACCCGUGCCUUGGGGACCUACGGGGUGAAAGAUGGAGAUGUGGUGGUUCUCAGGCAAGCGGACAGAAGACCACUUCCAACCCAGCCGACCUUCCCAGGUCUGCCCCAUAUCGACUUUCGCUCCAUCACAGUCCCUGGCACCUCUUCUUCCAGCGCUCCUCGUAGUGCCGUUAGAGCGCCGCAGCAGGCUCCACAGCAGAGGCAACAACAGCCGCCGCCGCCUCAGCAGCAGCAGCAGCCGCUGCAGCGUAGCGCGCAACCUUCCACACCGACCACCAGUCGCGGCUCCACCUCUACCCAGGGGCUGGAUGACCCCGCCUUACUCCAGCAGAUGCUGCUGGCCAAUCCACAUGAGCUGUCCCUCCUGAAAGAGCGAAACCCGCCUCUUGCCGAGGCCCUGCUGAGCGGAGACUUAGAGCGUUUCACCAAAGUGCUGCUGGAGCAACAGCAAGAUCGAGCCAAGCGGGAGCAGGAGCGAAUCCGACUGUUGACCGCAGAUCCUUUUGAUUUGGAGGCUCAGGCGAAAAUCGAGGAGGAUAUCAGGCAGCACAACGUUGAAGAAAACAUGACCAUUGCCAUGGAGGAGGCUCCAGAGAGCUUCGGGCAGGUGGUCAUGCUCUACAUUAACUGCAAAGUCAACGGGCACCCCGUGAAAGCCUUUGUUGACUCAGGGGCUCAGAUGACCAUUAUGAGCCAAGCGUGUGCCGAGCGAUGCAACAUUAUGCGCCUGGUGGACCGCCGCUGGGCCGGGAUCGCCAAGGGAGUGGGCACGCAGAAGAUCAUCGGCAGAGUUCAUUUAGCUCAGGUCCAGAUUGAAGGGGAUUUUCUUCCAUGUUCUUUCUCCAUCUUGGAGGACCAGCCCAUGGACAUGUUGCUUGGCCUGGACAUGCUGAAGAGACACCAGUGUUCAAUCGACCUGAAGAGGAACGUGCUUCUCAUCGGCACAACGGGCACGGAGACUCGUUUCCUGUCCGAGGCUGAGCUGCCAGAAUGCGCCCGGCUGGCCUACGGGCCCGAGGGGCGUGAAGACGGCCGUCCGGAAGAGAUAGCAGACAGAGAGCUUGCGGAGGCGCUUCAGAGGUCCAUACAUGAAAGCGGGCAGCACUGAUGCAAAUGGAGACAGCCGGAGAGGGUCCAAACAAUCAGACACUGCAGAUGGACAGACUACCUCACCGCAGCCACAGCCAUCGUCAGCACCCACAAUCUCUGACCAAAUGUCCUCACCACCCACCAAACCCUCCCUCAGCCCUUCC